AUGGAGAAGGCUCCAGCCGGUGCAUCGGCCAACAGGCUCGUGUGGGACUGCGGCAGCUCUCUCUACGACUCCUUUGAGCUUGAGUCGUUGAUGAGGCAACUCGACUCCGCUGGCGCCGGUCGGUGCUUCUCCAUGCCGCACUCCGCCGUGCCUCCUCCUCCUCCUCCUCCUCCUCUUUCGGCGCCGCUGGGCCAAGCGCGGAGGAAGCGCUCACGAGUCGCGAGAUGGUUCAAGAACAUGGCGUGGUUGGUGCUGCGAUCAAAACCGCUCAAAGAACAUGGUGGAAAUUCCAGUUCGGGCUGUCUUGCUUCGAUCUCAGAGGCGUGGGGGAGGCAUCUGGGAUCGCCGGAAUGCGGCCGGAAGAUCAUGUCGGAGCGGUUUACCGACAGGACCAUCGCCGCCAAGGAGUACUCUGUUCAUCGUAGCAGUUGUGUCUUAUGUGGCGGCCAUGACUGA